AUGCCUGCGGACACGGCAGAUGAAGCAGUGCAUUUCGUCAUGCCGUCAGAGAGUCAGGCCAGAGACAUCCCCGAAGGAUAUUUUCAAGAAGGUGAGGCGGUAGUCUACCACAGUCGCACGCACCACGGGUUCCUGAGGACCCGGAUCGCCAAAGUCCACGCGGUGGGUGGCGUUGUCCAAGCAAUCGACCUUGCCUGUAAGAAGAGUGCCGAUUUGGCCAAGAUCGCCAAGAUCCAAUCCGGUGAAGUCGUCGACAGCGUUGAAGCAGACAAUGUUUCACGCAAGCACAGAGGAAAUGUUCUGACCGAGCUUCCUUCGCCCUUGCACGUGGAGAAUGCAGAGAGGUGGCCCACCGAAACCCGUGGCGGUGAUGGAAUCCUCUGUUACGACUCCCAGGCAGGAAAGCCGCAGAAGCUGGCCACGGCCACCGAGAUCAGAAGAGAAAACAACGAGGUUGCCUUCCCAGGUUCCGAGAGGUUCCAGAUAGGCGAGAAAGUGUUCUACAACAGCAAGACACUCCGCCAGCGGGUCGUUGCCAUAGUGAAGGGAAUCACUGCCGACGGUCUGUACGACCUGGACGUGAAGAACAGGGCGCUUCCGGAAAAUAUCUCACGUUAUGUAGAGGAAGCGAUUCCAGCUCCACCGGCUCUUCCGGCUCCUCCGUCGACUUCCGGUUGUGUUGCUCCUCCGUACCAGCCACCAACAUAUCCAACAUUACCUGGUGACCACCAAGCAUCACACGGCCUGCCACCAGUCGAUGGUCGA